AUGACUCUGAGUGCGUCUUUAAGGGCACUCUCCAACACUUCAACCAACCUAAUUCUCAGACUUGGACGCUACCAGAUUCACUGCCACGCUAACCCUCUGCUGCAAUUUCAUGCUGUUGCCCUAAAUUCAGAGACCCUUUUACGGGACACUGACCCUCGCAUUGCACAACAACUGUUCGAUCAAACUCCCCUUAGAUACCUCAAACAACAUAACCGGUUGCUGCUCAGUUCCUUUCGCAAUGAACAAUCCCAAGAAGUCCUUCACCUCUUUGUUUCCCUUUGCCGUUCGGGUUUAUCCCCUGAUGGGUUAACCAUGUGCUAUGUUUUGGAUUAUUGUGCCGGUUCCUCUGAUGGAACGGUGGGUGAACAAUUGCAUUGUCUGUGUGUCAAGUGUGGAUUUGUACAGCAUGUUAACGUAGGAAACUCUAUUGUUGAGAUGUACAUGAAAACUGGGAAUGUUAGAGAUGGGAGGAGAGUUUUUAAUGAGAUGGGUGACAGAAAUGUGGUGUCUUGGAAUUCCUUGCUCGCAGGUUAUUCAUUGAAUGGGUUUAAUGAUCAGGUGUGGGAAUUUUUUUGUCAGAUGCAAGUUGAGGGAUACAGGCCUAACUACUAUACUGUUUCUACUGUAAUUCCAGCUUUGGCCAAUCUGAGCGUGGUUGCUAUAGGAAUGCAGAUUCAUGCCUUGGUUGUAAAGCUCGGUUUAGAGGCAGAAAGACUUGUGUGCAACUCUCUAAUUAGUAUGCUUUCAAAGUCAGGAAUGUUAAGAGAUGCUAGAGCUGUUUUUUAUAACAUGGAGAACAAGGAUUCGGUUUCUUGGAAUAGUAUGAUUGCUGGACAUGUGAUAAAUGGACAAGAUUUGGAAGCUUUUGAAACGUUUAACAACAUGCAACUUGCAGGUGCUAAGCCCACGAGUGCGACAUUUGCGUCUGUGAUCAAGUCAUGUGCCAGCCUUAAAGAGUUGGGGUUGGUAAGAGUGUUGCACUGUAAGACUCUGAAGAGUGGGUUUUCCACUCACCAAAACGUCCUAACAACACUAAUGGUAGCAUUGACUAAGUGCAAUGAAAUGGAUGAUGCCUUCAGUUUAUUCUCCUUGAUGCACGGGGUUCAAACUGUGGUUUCAUGGACUGCUAUGAUCAGUGGUUACCUGCAGAAUGGUGGCACUGAUCAGGCUGUGAAUUUGUUUUUGCAAAUGAGGAGAGAAGGUGUCAAACCAAAUCAUUUCACUUAUUCUGCCAUCCUUGCUGUGCAACAUGUUGCUUUCAUUUCUGAAAUACAUGCCGAAGUUAUCAAAACUAACUAUGAGAAGUCAUCUUCGGUUGGAACUGCAAUUUUAGAUGCUUAUGUUAAGAUAGGAAAUAUUAGUGAUGCUGUUAAAGUUUUUGAGCUAAUUGAAGCCAAGGACGUAAUAGCUUGGUCUGCAAUGCUAGCGGGAUAUGCCCAAGCAGGAGAAACUGAAGAAGCUGCUAAAAUCUUCCACCAAUUAACAAAGGAGGGGAUUAAACCAAAUGAGUUUACCUUUAGCAGCAUCAUUAAUGCCUGUACAGCUCCUACAGCAUCAGUAGAGCAAGGAAAACAAUUCCAUGCAUAUGCAAUUAAACUGAGAUUAAAUAAUGCUCUGUGUGUAAGUAGUUCUCUUGUUACCAUGUAUGCAAAGAGAGGCAAUAUUGAUAGUGCACAUGAAGUUUUCAAAAGGCAGAAGGAGAGGGACUUGGUUUCUUGGAAUUCAAUGAUCUCUGGAUAUGCGCAGCAUGGCCAGGCGAAGAAAGCAUUGGAGGUAUUUGAGGAGAUGCAAAAACAAAAAUUGGAAGUGGAUGCUAUUACAUUCAUUGGUGUCAUUUCUGCCUGCACUCAUUCUGGCUUAGUGGAAAAAGGUCAAAACUACUUCAAUGUAAUGACCAACGAUCAUCACAUUAAUCCAACAAUGGAGCACUACUCCUGCAUGAUUGACCUAUAUAGCCGUUCAGGGAUGAUGGAAAAAGCCAUGGAUAUCAUAAAUGGGAUGCCAUUUCCACCAGCUGCAACUGUGUGGCGCAUUGUUUUGGCAGCUUCUCGAGUACACCACAAUAUAGAGCUUGGGAAACUUGCAGCUGAAAAAAUAAUUUCACUCGAGCCACAAGACUCAGCUGCGUAUGUCCUAUUAUCCAACAUGUAUGCUGCGGCAGGAAAUUGGCAAGAGAAAGUCAAUGUGAGAAAACUAAUGGAUAAGAGAAAAGUGAAAAAAGAACCUGGGUACAGUUGGAUUGAGGUGAAAAACAAGACUUACUCAUUCUUGGCCGGGGAUUUGUCGCAUCCUUUGUCAGACCAUAUUUACUCAAAACUUUCAGAGUUGAAUAACCGGUUGAGGGAUGCUGGUUAUCAGCCUGAUACAAAUUAUGUGUUUCAUGAUAUUGAGGAUGAACAAAAAGAAACGAUUCUUUCUCAUCAUAGUGAAAGGCUUGCCAUUGCCUUUGGUUUAAUAGCUACACUACCUGAAAUUCCCAUCCAGAUUGUGAAGAAUCUUAGAGUUUGUGGAGAUUGCCACAACUUUAUUAAGUUAGUAUCACUCAUUGAACAGAGAUAUAUAGUUGUUAGAGAUUCAAACCGAUUUCACCACUUUAAAGGUGGUUUGUGCUCAUGUGGGGACUACUGGUGA